AUGCUGCUCGUUUAUGUAAAACUAUUGCUUUUGCCCUUGAUUUCGUCUGGAUUCUGUCCAAUCACGCUCUCACGAACGGCCCCGAUCACCUCGGUGUCGAGACGGGAAAUUUUUCCCGGCGAUAAUUGGAGAGCUUUCAAGGCAUGUAAGGUGACGUCUGUUGGCUGUAAUCUCUGUACAAUCACCAUGUACGUCUCUGAGCUCGUCAUUCUGUCCCGAGAUGGUUGUAUGCACGAGUUUCAACUCUAUGUCAACAACGCGGAUUGGACGAGCAGGAACGAGACAGUUAUGAGGAAUCACGACGGGAAAUCCCCGUUCUGCGUGGUCAACUAUCGGCUCUUCAGUUUACCCUCCAACUUCACGUUCUCCUAUCACACCCUUGAUAAUACUCGAAUUUUCAUUCCGAUCGCCGACGCGUUUUAUAUUUUUCAUUUGAAUGUGUUUGAAAACGCCCCAGUCAUCGUCCCAGUCUCGAUCUACCCGUUUCCAACAAGUGAUAAUGCAUAUAUUUCGCUUGACUUUUCCCAACCGAAAUCACCGGAGCAACCAUAUUUUGUGAUGUUGGGCGGCAAGAUGAACGGAUCGAUCGUCGCCUCGACAAUUGAAUGGGAAACGAUUGAUCGCGACUGCGCGUUGACCGUCUAUUCGGGUACAACAAUCGACACAAAUCAGGAGCCAUGGUUGACGAUGAAUAGUUGUGAAAUAUCGCAACGUUCCAACGUUCGUUGGCCGGCCACGAUCCAGCAGCUCACUUUUCGCGUCUCGAGUGGCCGAUGUGCCUUUUGGAUGACAAUAAUGACUGCGAACUCUGAUGACUCUUUCCCAAGAGCCGACCAUCAAUUCUUUGCACAAAUGACACCCAAUCCCGCAUGUGUUCCGACGACGGAGAUGUCUAGUCAAAAGCUUGAGAAAGUCUGU